GAGUGGGGACAAAAGAACAAGAAAAAAGAAAAGAUAGUAGAUGAUUGAAAAUACAAUGAAACAGCAAGGGCAAAAGGGGAAAAAGAAAAAACAAACUACCUAGUCAGGCUGGGCUCUCACUUCUCGGGCACAGGAAUGUGGAGAAACGGUCAAGCUCCCGACAAAGCUUAACCGUCCAUUCUUCCUCUCUUAUAUUAACUGCCAAACCGUUCUCUUCUUCUUUCUUCCUUUUCUCCUUGUUCUCUGACAACCUCUCAUCAUUCCAUUCCAUCUCUCUUCCAUAUUACAACGCCAAAGGAUUUCAUCAACGGAAUUUAACCAUGCCGGCCACUGAUAAUCAGGGCUCCUUCCUCAACCGCAUAAGCAUCCGCCGCAACCAAUUCAUCCCCAUUGAGAGCAGCAACGAUCAAGAACAAGAAAAUCUUGAAUUAUUCCAGAGACACGUCGCCGAUCGAUUCGCCGACCUUCUCUACAUCCACUCCAGCACCACCACCACCGCCGUCACAAACUCCAACUCCAAUGAUCAUUCCUCCGCCACUGCGGCCGCCACGGCCACGACGGACUCACCCUCUGCAACGCACGACACGCACACCCAUCCACCAUUGCCGCCGCAGCUACUCUCCAUCUCCUGGUUCCGCAACCUCCUCGACACGUAUCUCUGCUGCGAGGCCGAAUUCAAGGCCAUUCUUGUUUCCGGCCGUGACCCGUCUCAGUUUUCGAGGCCACCGCUUGAUCGCCUGAUUCCUGACUUCCUGGAACGAUCCAUCAAGGCCCUCGACAUCUGUAACGCCGUUACCCACGGCGUCGAUCUCGUUCAACACUGGCAAAAACUCGCGCAGAUUGCGUUGACGGCAUUAAAUCAGACCCCCCUCGGGGAAGGCCAGGUCAGGCGGGCACGGAAGGCGCUCAACACCUUGUUAACCUCGAUGGUUUUCGAUGACAAGGAGAACGCCAACAACAAUUUGCACGGAAGAUGGACGGAGCGAACCCGAUCCUUCGGCCGCCGCGUAGGUGGCGGUGGAGGCAAUAACAAGGACCGUACCGCCGGGAACUUCCGCUCUUUGUCCUGGUCCGUGGCGAAAUCUUGGUCGGCCUCGAAGCAGAUUCAGACCAUGUCGGCCAACCUGGCUGCGCCGCGCGGCGGGGAGUCAACCGCGUUGCCGGUAUAUAUUAUGAACACGAUUGUGGUGUUUGUGAUGUGGGCUCUGGUGGCAGCCAUUCCAUGUCAAGAUAGAAACGGGCUGGCCACCCAUUUUCAGGUUCCGAGGAAUUUGGCGUGGGCACAGCCCAUAAUCGGACUGCAGGAGAAAAUCGGUGAAGACUGGAAGAAGAAGGAGAAGAAAGGGACAGCCGGAUUGCUGGAGGAGUUGCAGAGAAUGGAGAAGGUGGCACACUCCUUGGUGGAAUUCGCAGACACGUUCGUAUUCCCGAUGGAGGAGGAGAAGGAGGCAGAGCUGGCGUCGCAGGUGGCGGAGCUGGCGGAGAUCUGCCAGAAGAUGGAGGAGGGACUGGGGCCGCUGCAGCAACAGGUUAGAGAAGUGUUUCAUAGGAUUGUGAGGAGUAGAGCAGAGGUUCUUGAUGUUCUUGAUCAAAUUACUAAAAUGUCAGCACCAGUUCCCUAUUGAUGGAUGACCCGGCAAUUUUGAUUGGACACCGGGGGUGCUUCACUGGGUCGUACAUUCUUCUUUUGGGACGUGGUGAUGAUCUGAAUUUGUUUCUUAUUUUUACAAUAUAUUUACAAUUUGAGCAAAAUAUUCAUGAGUUACAAUGUAGAAUGAAUCUUAGGAGGUACAACCAAGGAUGCUUUGCAGGUCCUUUGUUUUUUCUUUUAUUUUAAUGUUGAAUAUGUACAUGUUUCGUUGCUAUGAUUAUGAUGAGAUGUAGUAAGUGGGAGUAGUAGACAUUGUACAUGUCUAAAUGCUUCCCUGCUAUUCAUGUUGCUUGUGCAUUAAUGUUGUUUUGUAUUAGAUGAAUUCCACAAAUUUUAACAUA